UAGCUAAAUGUUUGAUUUUUGUGAUUUUUGUCGUUUGAUCGUCCCCGUUUAUAACGUAAUUAUUCAAUAAUAUUGCCUGAGAGAAAGAUUUACUGGUUUUAAUGACUAAUUUUAGUUUGAUUCACUUUGAACUGUCUGCUAUUUGGCACAAAGUAGAAAGUUGAGUUAAAUUUUAGUGUGUAAAAACAUAAAUGCAAAAAUAAAUGUUGCAAAUGUUUCGCAAAAUAAGAGGCUGAUAUUUUUAACUGUCAAUGGAAAGAAUAAAAAUACCCAUAAUGUGAAACAAUGCGUCAAUUUUUCUAUUAAGUUUAAUGUAAUGCUUUAAACGUGCUAAACAGUUUAAAGUUAUUUAAAGUCGAUUACUUUGUGGAUAUUACAUUUUACUGAUUUUCUGGUUUGGUGGCCAGUUUUCAUAUAUGUAUGUAUUCGUUUUUAAAUGCAAAAAUACAUUAAAAACUACAAAACGUCUUAGUUGAAAAUACGGUGUUACAGCAAUAAGAAUGAUGAAAAUAAAUCCUUUAAGUAAUAAAACAAAUACAUUAACAUUUUGGAAUCAAAUUUUUGUAGUUGAUGGUUGUACGUUCCUGUCUUCUUGUUCGGGAUUUUUCAGACACGUACACCGCAAGUAAGAAUCUGAAAAACUCCCUUGAAGUGACUACUUAUUCAUUAUUUAACUCUACGAUGUGUGGCGCAAUCAACAUAUAAGCUUAAAAGCAAAAUGCAGUUUCAGCCGCGCAAUGUUCCGUAUUUAAUUAACUAAGCAGCAAUUUACCAAGUUUUUUCUAGUGAUAUUUUCUAGAAAGGACGGUACGAAAUUUUGUUGGCAAGAUUCAAAUUCAUUUACAAAAAUAUCCUUCAAUAUUUUUAAUAAUCUCUGACCGUGCAGAUCUAUCAAUACUUAUUCAGUAGUGUCCCAGCUUGCUGUUUAAAUUCGUCCGACAAAUAUUUUUAGAAAAUUAUUUCUCUAUUUUGUGACCCCACACUGAAUACGUUACACAAAACAGGGGCUCCUUCAGAGCCGCGUUGUGGCCCCAUGACCGGUGCUGGUGGGGAACCUCCUCCCCCCAGCACGACCAUUUCACCAGCAAUGACGGAGUCUGAUCUUCCCCAACCCUUGAUAAUGAGAACUCCAUCCGUAAACGUUAAAUGGCCAACUCAUGGGAUUCAUCCCGGAAAAACUACCCCAUCGAGACAGGUCAGUUUCAACCAUGGAAAUCCCGAUGUAGCCAGAUCGUUAUCAGGAGUGGAAAAAGACUGCUUCAUAAUUCCUAUUCAUAGUUUAGAUAGAUUUCUUCCCGCAGGAGUGCCUAUGCCAAAACCACCGCCGUCCAACGGAAAUUCGAUGGAAAGGAAAGCUCAAGGAAACUUACAUGUAAUGGAAGUACCUGACCCUAAACUAUGUGUCUUAUGCCACCUUAUGAGUCAAUUAGAGCCGAUUGAUCCCAUAUUAGAAUCGCCACUAAUUCAGCCUUUGUUUAAACAAAGAGUUAUUGCUGGCGAAUUGGUAAGCGAAGUUGCAAUGGCCAAAAGUGCGGUAACUGGAAUGCUCUUAGCCAAUAUGGAAAGAAACGGUAAUCAAGAUCUAGCGGAGUUCCCAUUUAUAAGUUAUUAUGUAAUAAAUACAUCCCAUACCAAUCCAGUAAUGUUUUAUAAUAAUUUACGCACCGCCAGCUUAACGAAGUUUGAUCCUAGAGCAACCAGAUAUACAGCAGCACAUACUUUAGAUUUAUACGGCGAAGUGGCUGCAAUAUGUAGGCCUCCUAUACAUGAAAUUGGAGUGUCGCUGCCAAAAACUCACAAUCCCAACACCGGCUACAUUGUAUCAGUUUACAAGGUGUUCGAAGGAGAUGAUAGAGAAAUAUUUGAGAGAAACUGGCUAUAUUGGACAGGUGCGAGGAUGAUAUACAGAUACCUUCCACAAAAAGCGGGUUUGAGGAAAAUAUCCCUCCACAAGUCGUUGAGUCCGAAAGGGGACAAAAUGUACAUAUUAUUGUGUGAAUGUGCCAAUUUACUGCCCGAUGUGACCGUUUGUGCAUUAUUACUGCCGGCCCUUCGAGCCCGGUUAACUGGAUACACAGGCCUUUUCAGGCCUAUACAAGCAUUCUAAUCCUUUCUUAGAAUGAGUUUCCAAUAUACAAAAGCACUAAUUACUUACUCAGAAGAACAAAUCUAUCGAUUUAUUGGAAAAGUAUCAAUAUUCGAGUGAUUGUUUCAACUGUCUGUCUUAAGACGGACUAAACACUUGAGUAAAAGCUGGUUUAAUCGUUCAAUAAAGAGUAAAAUAAUAAAAUAAAGUAUUUGAUAAAAAUGAGAACUAAAAAUAACUAAGAAAGAACAUGGUUUGCAAAAUGGCAGGAAACCUAGAAGCAGUUCAGAACUUAAAGACAAUAAUACAAAUUAUUAACGCAAUCUAAUACAUUACAUAUCAAGAAUUAUUUCACUUUUUCCAAAUAAAACUUUGUUAAAAUAUCAACUGACGUAGGCUCUCAAAAUUUUCAUAAAAAAUACUUUUGAGGAACAGAGAAACACUAAGGGACAAAAAGUGAGAGAAAAAUGUUAAAAAAUGAAAAAUGCUAGCAUCUUGCUCAUUACUUAUACAUUUGCGUAACCUAAAUGCUUAUAAAUAUAAGCACGUAAUGGCUUAAAGAACUUGAGGUGAAAGUUGGCGUCUUGUAAAUUCAUACAAAACAAAUUUAAGAAUUUUAAUAAUUCUAUUCGUACUUUGAUGCCUUUACCCUAUGUAACUGCUGUGCAUUGAAUACGUAUACAAUCGAAAUUUGCUUGCUUUCGAGUGAAAUUUGUGCUUCAGCUACGAAACAAUAUUUGCCAUUUCUUUGUUGGGUGUUUUUAAUUUGGGCAAUGAAAAAUAUAUACUUUCAUCAAAAGCAAAGUGAAGUUGAUAAAGAUAAUUAUUAAUAUAAUUCCUUCUAAAUUUCAUUCAAUAAAAAUUAUGUAGGUUUCGAACCCUGUAGGUUUUGUCCUGACAAACAUUAAUUAAGAUCAUAUUGAAAUUUAAAAAAAACUGUUUUUUCCACACAGUUUACAUUAAAAACAAAAGACAUAUAAUAAUAAGAAUAAAAAUGAAUAUCUCUAGAUUUGCGAUUUAUAACUAAUAGCAAUAAUGUGUACAAAACCGUUUUAGAUUUCUAGUUUUAACGCAAAAAACUUGGCUGUGCUAGCCACAAUGUGAUAUAAUGCACGUUAGGGGUCCACUCAAAUAUAAAAUCUCACAAUAAUCUAUCAUAUUACACUAGAUUAUUUGUAAUAAGUAUUCGCAAUAAAUUAGGCUUUGUGGCUCGAUUAAACGACUAUCAAUAAAGUAAUUCGCCCUUUUAACAUGGUUUAUCACAUCAAAGCCCUAGGAUUCUUUAUCGGGUGCUUAGUGACUUUAAUUAAGAGACUAAGUGCUCCGGCCCUUAAUAUUAGAAGUCAAUUUGUGUCUGGUUAUGGUUUUUUUAGUUAAGGCAGUAAUAAUAAGGCUACGAUGCUUAAUGACCACAUCACUCACGCAAUCAGUUUUUUUGUGGCUGUUUAUUUAAUAUAGCAAUUUAUGAAUAGGCGACUUUUUCCAAAAAAUAUCGCACUAGUUGUACCACACAAUUUGAAAAACAGAUGUUGUUGAUUAGUGUAAAUUGUACGAUUUUGAUAAUAAACAUUUAAAGUUUUA